AUGAGCUGGAUGGGUCAAUGGGUGUGGCCUAUUGUUGCUCGAGUGAUGAUUACUUCCUCUCUUCUCUUAGUGAUGGGAAAGGGCAACGAGACAGCAGACAUCUAUGCCAAAAGAGCCAUAACUUCUCCCGACGCCAUCUCGGUCCAAACAUGUUCUCUGAGUGACUUCAAGGGUAUCAUACACUCCCUGACAUGGCAACAUCGUUGGGCUUCUUCACAAACAAAACUCAAUGAAAUCAAACUCUCCAUUAACCCUUGGCCAACUUACCUUACAAAAAUACGUCACGAAAUUGUAAUUAAUAGACUAAGAAUUGGACGCAGCUGGCUUACACACCGUCACCUCACGAGACGUGAAGAUCCAGACCCAUGUACAACCUGCGGGGAAGGUCUAACGGUUAAACAUAUCCUCCUAUACUGUCGAAACUACGCAGACACAAGAACAACAGCCUUAGGUAUUCCUGAGCAUCUAUAUGAAGCACUUGGACUCGAUCACGAAAGUAAUAUCAAAAUCAUAAAGUUUCUUAAAAUUACUAAACUGUAUAACCUCAUCUGA